AUGGUCUCUCUUCAAUCCUUGGGCCUCAUCCUUGCGCUUUAUGGGCUCGGAAUUCAAGCAGCACCAUCCCAAGAAGCACCAGCAGCUGAGGAUCAUGAAGUCUCUAUCUUAGACUUGGUUCGCAAUGGUACAAUCACAGAUAGUGGCACUGGCAAUGCGACAUACAAGUACUCAUUGCCUGAACCGAACCGGGAUGACCACUUUGAGGUUGACGGUAUCACCUUCUCCAAGUUCCCAGAAGGAGGAGUCGCCGUCCCUCCUGGUUUCUGGGAUGAACGUGACAUCUCUUUCCACAACGCAACCAACUCCUCUAGCCUAGAGCCCAGACAGAGCUAUAUUACUUCGUGUGAACCUUGCAAAUGUGUUUACAACCAGCAGGUCUGGUAUGAAUGGCAAACUCAGAACUGGAACACCGUCAGGGGCAACACGCAUCAGAUCUCCGACACCCUCUGCCCGCCUGGUAGCAUUUCGAAGACUUAUACUAAGUCAUACACUUACCAAGUUUCCGUCCAAGCGGGACCAGACUUCAAACUUGGCGCAGGUGUGCUAGAAAAAUUUGGCCUUCGUGUUGGCUUUUCCUAUACCUGGGGGAAGGCUGUGGCAACCUCUUACGGCGUCUCGUGGACCCAGUCAGGUCAACAACAUCCUUUCAUUGAAACAUUCCGGCCAAAUAUCUUUGUGGUGAAUGGAAUUGCUCGAGCACACUAUGUUGAUCACUACUACAAUAACCAGGUCUGCUCUGUUAGCGACUGGAGUCAUAUGAAUAUCCAUGUUCCAUUGGUCAACACAGAUAAUAAUGACUGCCAAAACAGUGACAGCUCAUGUGGUGCUGCUGGUACCUACGACUCGUGCUUCUUUAUCGGAAAGUACGCCACACAACUUUGCCCUGGUCGAAACCUUGGUCCUACCCCCGUGGGCCGCGAGUGCCCUACUUAUCUUUACCCAUAUCCUUUCAACACGAAUAACUGA